GUCAAAACAAAAUCCUUUUUGAGGUAGAGUUAAGAAACUACAACACAAAAAUCAAGUAAAAUUUCAUAAGGAAAUGUAAAACUAAAGUUUUCAUCUGUAGAUAUUCCAGUGAAAACAGAUUAUUGUUAUAAAAUGGGAAAGUUUUUUUCUGUUAUGGAUGUUUAAAAGACCCAGUUGGUUUUGUUUCCAAAGUUCCUGCAGCAGUAAAAUCAUCCAGUUCCUUUAGGAAUCAUAAAAUGCUUUUAAUCAAAUAAAAGCGACUUUAUUAAUCCCUCGUCAGGCUGAAAGCUUCGACUCCCUCUUUCCUGAUGAAAUCAUAGAAAGCUGAAGUUUCACCAAUGUUGAAUUUUAUUUCUGUUUUUUUUCCUUAAUGGUCGGUUCUGAUGAAACAAGUUUUCACACCCUGACCUUCAUUUGAAUGAUUUUUGAUUUCUCCUUCAGUAAGAGGAUCAGUGAGUCUAGAGAUUUAAUCCUUCAUUUUCUUCUGGGUUUCCUCAUUUUUAUCACUUUAAUGUUUGCAGAUAAUCAAAUCAUCUUUAUUACAGGCAGUUUUCAUAAUUAUUUCAUUUAUUAGGAGAAUAAAAAUCAAUCCACUGCUGAUCUAAACAAAAUAUCUUUUAUAAUAGUUAAACUAUUAAGAUUCAAAUUCAGAUAUAAUCAAGCAAUUUCAGCUACUUUAUGUUCUACUGAUAGCAUUAAGCUAACCUUAGCAUUUUAGCUAAUACACUAAUGUUAGCAUACUGAGUGGAGUAAGUCAGUGUUACGCAACAUGCUAGUGAUAACUUACAUCCUACUGAUAGCGUCAACAUGCUAGUGACUCUGUGUGCUAGUGAUAGCCCUCAUGCUAACGUUAGCAUUAUAGCUAAAAUAAGCAUUUUGGCUGAGAGACUAAGGAUUUUAGCUCAUUUUUGAUGUAUUGCUCACAUUUAGCAUACUGAAUGCAGUAUGUCAAUGUACAUCCACAUGCUAGUGAUGCUACUUAAGCUAACCUUACUAUUUUAGCUAACUUUUUUAUCAUCAGUACGCUGGAUUCCAGCGUACACACACUUUGGCAGGAAGCCUUGGACUGCUCAUUUCUUCAGAAAAGUUGUAGUUAUUCUCUGCAGUCCAGUGUAAAACCAAAGCCCUGAAGAACUUCUGGAGUUGUCGCCUCUCAUAAAAGUUGGUCUUGGUCUUAAAGGCAGCAGAGCUGCAACUUUAAUCUGCUUUCUGCUCUGCCUGCAGGAGUUUUCCUUCUCCAUCAGGAGCGACGCAGGUUUCCCUGAUUAAAAACAAGCUGAGCCUCUGAGGUUAUCUGGUUGUCGACACUCAGACUCGCUUUAGAGCGAAACGUAGAUCUGCUGAUUAGAUGCUGAUUACAUCGACAGUUGCUGGUGUUUAUGAAGAUGAUCAAUAUUUAAUCUGUUUGUCUACAGAGCUCCAGUUUCUGCAGAUGAAACAUUUUCUCUUGACUGCAAUCUGGAGCUGAAUGAACAAGUUAUGAAUUAUAGAAGAUCAAUAACUAGAAAUGUAAUUUCUGUGCUUCCAGUUUCUGGUUUGCAUGAAUUACUGCAUCAAUGCGGCGUGGCAUGGAGGAGAUCAGCCUACGGUUCUGCUGGGGUUCUGGAGCCUUCAGGUAGUCUGGAUCAUGGGUUCUGGUGUCUCUCAUCUAAAACUGAAGCAAUUAAUCGAUUAUUAAAACAAUCAACUAAUUUAGUAAUCAAUUAUUCAUUAAGUGGAGUUUACAGACUCAAAAAAACAAACAAAUGCCUUUUGGCAGAAAUAUAUGAAUACAAUGUUUACGAUGUUAUUUAAAGAAGGACAUAAAAUAAAUUGCAAAAAAUUGUUCUUACAUAAUCAGAUGAAAAUUUUGGUAUUUUAAGGAUAAAAAUUCCAACAAUUUGUAUAAAUAGCAAAAAAUAACAGUCAGGUAAAAAAUGUUUUUCUUAAUGGAAAAACUGAUGAAACUGUAACAGAAGCUGCAGCUGUUUGUUUAUAACAGGUUUGUUUUUCAUUCAGUGGGGAGAAAAUCCAGAAAUUUUACUCAAGAAUACUUCAAAUAAAAAUACUCAAAAGUGCAGCGAAGUCAAAGUACUUUUCAGAAAACAUUUUUUUUCCUAAAAGUUACUCAGAUAAAUGUAACCAGCUCCUACCCAACUCUGGUUAAAUCCAUGUAUCAACAGAUCUGGGCCGGUUUGGGGUUUUACGUUGUUUUGGGCUGAAAACGGCCAGAACUGGCAACCUGAGCAUGUUGACCCGGGCACCAAACGGGCUAGGACCGCCCCUGCGUGCAUGGGGUUUCCACAGGAAGCUCUAAAAGAGGCAGACCCGCAUCAGCUGCGCCCAGACGCGUCUCCUGCUGUUUGUCCCCUCUCCGCUUCCGUCUCUCCGGAGCGCCACCAUGCGCUCCUUCAACGCCACGCAGCGGAACCUCAGCGGGACCGCCAACCACUCCGACCCGUUCGGGCGCAACGAGGAGGUGGCCAAGCUGGAGAUCACGGUGCUGAGCCUGGCGUUCGCGGCGGCGGUGGCGGGGAACCUGAGCGUCCUGCUGGCCAUGCUGCGCAGCCGCAGAAAGCUGUCGCGCAUGCACCUGUUCAUGAAGCACCUGAGCCUGGCCGACCUGGUGGUCGCCUUCUUCCAGGUGCUGCCGCAGCUCUGCUGGGAGGUCACCUUCCGCUUCUACGGGCCGGACUUCCUGUGCCGCAUCGUGAAGCACCUGCAGGUUCUGGGCAUGUUCGCCUCCACCUACAUGAUGGUGAUGAUGACCGUGGACCGCUACGUGGCUAUCUGCCACCCGCUGCGCAGCCUGCAGCAGCCCACGCAGCGCGCCUACAUUAUGAUCAGCUGCAGCUGGGCGUGCAGCCUGUUGCUCAGCUCCCCGCAGUACUUCAUCUUCUCCCUCAGCGAGGUUCGGCCCGGUUCGGCCGUCUACGACUGCUGGGGUCACUUCGUGGAGCCGUGGGGGCUGCGCGCCUACAUCACCUGGAUCACGGCGGGGAUCUUCCUGGUUCCGGUGGCCGUGCUGGUGUUCUGCUACGGCUUCAUCUGCAGGACGAUCUGGAGGAACCUGAAGGGCAAGACGCGCAGGAAGAGCGCGGCGGCGGGCGGUUCGGCGGCGGGCGGCAGGUCCGGGAUCCUGGGCAGGAACUCCGUCAGCAGCGUCUCCACCAUCUCCCGCGCCAAAUUGCGCACCGUCAAGAUGACUUUCGUGAUCGUGGUGGCUUACGUGGUUUGCUGGGCUCCGUUCUUCACCGUUCAGAUGUGGUCCGUUUGGGACGAAACCUUCUCCUGGCACGACUCGGAGAACCCGGCGGUGACGCUGUCCGCCCUGCUGGCCAGCCUCAACAGCUGCUGCAACCCCUGGAUCUACAUGAUCUUCAGCGGCCACCUGCUGUCGGACUUCCUGGGCCUGCUGCCCUGCUGCCGCCGGCUGCGGGACCGGCUGCGGCAGCAGGACUCGGACAGCAGCAUCCGGCGCACCACGCUGCUGUCCCGCCUGCAGGCGCCGCUCCCGUCCGACCUCAACUUCACCUUCAAAAACUGUCCGCCGGCCACAGCGGCGUCCUGACUGCAGACACGCCCGACCGCAGACCUCAACCCAGGGAGCUAAAGGAGAGCUUGGUUCGGUCCAAACGGGGAACGUUCACUUCCUGUUGUGGGUUAAGCAGCUCUUUUCAUAAUGGCUUUGUUAAAGCGGCAGUAUCAUAUAAAAUCUACUUUUUGAACUUUCCAUCAUAUUUAAUGUUUUUCCCUGAUCUAAAGCAAGUCUGGAGUGUUGCUUUGAUUCGUUCAUGCUUCUUUAAGAAAUCAUUUAAUCGCCAUGGCAACCAUUCAGCUGUUAAAACGCCUGUUUGGACCUAGCUCCACCUUCAAAACGCAGCUCCUCCCCCACGCAGCUCCUUCAGACUAGCCGGCAGCAAUUAGCAAACAGCUGGUGGAACUGCUGAGCUCAUUAUGGAGUUAUUCUCAGAGCAAUGCUGGUAAAAACGCUG